AUGAGUGUUCAAUUUAUCAAUAAUCUUACUUCAAACCCUUCCCAGCCUCCCGCAUCUCAUUCACACGACGCUGGUGGCCCCACACACUCUCAUGACGGUCCCGGUGAUCAUGGACAUACCCACGAGCAUCUAGAACAUCCAGGAAAGUAUGCUGAACGAGACCUUCCGGACUACACGGGGCGGAAUUUUGAAAGCGAGGGUUCACAGUUGGCAUUGGAGGUCGGUUCCGGCAAGACGGCACUGACCUUGGCUCUUUGUCAAAAGCUUCGCAGCGAAUAUAAUCUUGCUACAGUUACGAAUGACAUAUUCACUCGAGAAGAUCAAGAAUUUCUCAUUAAGAACAAGGCACUCCCGUCCGAACGUAUUCUCGCCAUAGAGACGGGAGGGUGUCCUCAUGCUGCCAUCCGUGAAGAUAUCAGCGCGAACAUGGGCGCACUUGAAACCUUACAGGCGAAAUACGGAUGUCAAUUGUUGUUCGUGGAAAGCGGCGGAGACAACCUAGCAGCCAACUACUCCAGAGAAUUGGCAGACUACAUCAUUUAUGUCAUUGAUGUUUCAGGCGGGGACAAGAUCCCACGUAAAGGUGGUCCAGGUAUUUCCCAGUCCGAUCUACUGGUUAUCAACAAGACGGACCUUGCUCCGUACGUGGGCGCCUCCCUGGAAGUAAUGGAUCGCGACUCCAAGCUCAUGAGAGGAGAUGGACCCACCAUCUUCUGUAGCGUAAGGCAGGGCACAGGCGUAGACGAUAUCGUGAGCCUUAUCCUGGGUGCGUGGAGAACGGCCGGUAGCCCUGGUCAGCCAGGCGCAGUGGGAGAAGCUGAUGCUUGA